UUACCCCUCAACUUUAAUCAUUCGAAUACGGAGGAAGCGACGCGAAGAUACGGGUUACGCAUGAUAGUAUCAUAUUGGGUCGACAGCAGUCAAUCACCUCAUUGUGAGAUUACCAAAUCCGACGGGGUUAAUCAUCCGAUGGCUGAGGAGGUGAUGACAUCAUGGACGAUAGUCGCACGCAAGAGAGAAAUAGAUCAAUGGGGCCUCUUCCCCACUGCCCAAACGGGGCAAAGGGCCAAAAACUCCUUUUUUUUUUCCCAGGACAAUGGAUGGUUACCAUACCAGCGUAGCCCGUAACGCCCCCGGUCACGUCAUUACCAGGCCGCUGUCAAUACCGUAUGGUCGGUACCAGAAACCCGUCCGUUUCCAAGGCGUACGGUAUGCACCUUCCGGGAUCAAAGGGCAACCUCACGUUAGUCCCUUAGCGCAUAACCCUAUCGUAUCGCAGGCCCUACUUGAGAUUAAUGUUUUAUUGGCCCCAGUCCCAGUAGGGGAGACACAAUUUCGGCGCUGGAUCUUCAGGAGGCCAACCGAUUCCCUUCCUGGCCUGUUGGAUCGCUGUCAGCCAUUGCGGCGGACAUAUGACAGCCCUCUACGCAGGACUGAGUACUCUGGCCGAAUUAAUUACAUACCAGGUCCCAACUGGAUGGAACGUUGCGCCUCCAGAGCCGGGGUUCUCGUCCUGAUUGCAAUCCCCUGCCGGCGGCGAUUGGCACCUCCAGCACCUCAGCUGCAGCACAAUACGUGAUGGCGAGGUGACACGGCCUGGAUGUUAGCUUGGCGUCGGCUUCCAUUCACUGUACGGAGGAGAUCGAUCCAUGGCGAUGAACAUC